AUGUCAAAUAAUCGUGAUAUCGAGCCAGCAGUUGCGCUAGUUUUUAUUUAUCGAGUCUUAAAAGAACACAUGGUGGGUGUUUUGAAGGAAAGCAAGCCAGAUUUGGAAACUGUGAAGGAUCCUAAGGAGGAGCGUCGUCCAGAAAGUUGUCUGGUUUUGGAAAAAGAACCGGCCCGCAAAGCUUUUGAUUCGGAAUCAAACGAAGAUAUUGAACGUCUGGAUCCAUUUGUUGAUAUUGCAUUACAGUGUCUCUAUCUUAAAUAUGAUCAAAUCCUCAUCAACUCUCUCAGAUGUUUCUUGCUGCUACUGAAAUUUCCACUGCCAGCUCUGCGGACGAAUAUGCCGAAGUUCUUGGACCGGCUUUUUAUAUUUUUGGCUGAUUACACAGCAUUCACUACUGCUGGUCAUGCAGCAGAAUAUGCUCAAAAUUCACUAGAGGUUUCGCAGUUAGUUUUCAAGGCAUUCACGCAGAUAAUCAAAGAUGCACCGAAUUUUUUGCUCACUGCAAAACGCUUACAGUUACUUUUAACUUAUGCUGAAACUGAUGUCUUUGAUAGCCAGAAGCAGGCCGUAGCAUUCCCAUUAAUAAAAGCAAUUAUUAUCCGUAAACUUCAGGAUCCAAAGGUCACUGAAAUUAUUCAAUAUUUGUCUGAAACAGCAAUCACGUCAGAAAUUUCGUAUGUACGGGAACAGUGUCGCCAGGUAAUUUUGAAUACUAAAUUUUAA